GCGGUUCCAUCCUUCAGCGUGAGGUGCCGCAGGUGUUCUGCGCUGGGUCCGAGGCCGCAGGUGAAUUUGGCAGGCAAAGCCAGUCCUCUGUCACUCCUACAAAUGGCCUCCUCAAGUGGCCUUUGUGUUUUGGUUCGCUUGCCCAAGCUGAUCGGUGAAGGAAAAACACUACCAAGAACGUUAUUGGACAUUUUGGCAGAUGGCACCUUAUUAAAAGUUGGAGUGGGAUGUUCAGAAGAUGCCAGCAAGCUUCUGCAGGAUUAUGGCCUUGUUGUUAGGGGGUGCCUGGACAUCCGAUACUUGGCCAUGCGGCAGAGAAAGAAUUUGCUCUGUAAUGGGCUUAGCCUGAAAUCACUCGCUGAGGCUGUUUUGAACUUUCCCCUUGACAAGUCCCUUCUACUUCGUUGCAGCAACUGGGAUGCUGAGCAUCUUACAGAGGAUCAGGUAAUUUAUGCUGCCAGGGAUGCCCAGAUUUCAGUGGCUCUCUUUCUCCAUCUUCUUGGAUACCCUUUCUCUAGGAAUUCACCUGUACAAGAAAACGAUGACCACAUUGGCUGGAGAAAAGUCUUGGAGAAAUGCCAGGAUGUGGUAGACAUCCCAUUCCGAAGCAAAGGAAUUAGCAGAUUGGGAGAAGAGGUUAAUGGGGAAGAAACAGAAUCUCAGCAGAAGCCAAGAAAUAAGAAGUCUAAGGUUGAUGGACCGGUGUCAGGCAACCAUGAAGGGAGAGACCCCAGAAGACAUAAAAGAAAGCCCUUGGGGGUGGGCUAUUCUGCCAGAAAAUCACCUCUGUAUGAUAACUGCUUUCUUCAUGCUCCUGAUGGACAGCCCCUCUGUACUUGUGAUCGAAGAAAAGCUCAGUGGUACCUGGACAAAGGCAUUGGAGAAUUGGUGAGUGAAGAGCCUUUUGUGGUCAAGCUACAGUUUGAACCCGCAGGAAGACCUGAAUCCCCAGGAGACUAUUACUUGAUGGUUAAAGAGAAUCUGUGUGUAGUGUGUGGCAAGAGAGACUCCUACAUUCGGAAGAAUGUGAUUCCACAUGAGUACCGGAAGCACUUUCCCAUUGAGAUGAAGGACCACAACUCCCAUGAUGUGCUGCUGCUCUGCACAUCCUGCCAUGCCAUCUCCAACUACUAUGACAAGCAUUUGAAGCAGCAGCUGGCCAAGGAGUUCCAGGCCCCCUUUGGCUCUGAGGAGGGCUUGCGCCUGCUGGAAGAUCCUGAGCGCCGGCAGGUGCGUUCUGGGGCCAGGGCCCUGCUCAACGCAGAGAGCCUGCCGGCUGAUCGAAAGGAAGAGCUACUGCAAGCACUCAGAGAAUUUUAUAACACAGACACGGUCACAGAUGAGAUGCUGCAGGAAGCUGCCAGCCUAGAAACCAGGAUUUCCAAUGAAAACUAUGUUCCUCACGGGCUGAAGGUGGUGCAGUGUCACACCCAGGGUGGGCUGCACUCCCUCAUGCAGCUGGAGAGCCGCUGGCGUCAGCACUUCCUGGACUCCAUGCAGCCCAAGCAUCUGCCCCAGCAGUGGUCAGUGGACCACAACCAUCAGAAGCUGCUCCGGAAAUAUGGGGAAGACCUUCCCAUCAAGCUAUCGUGAUAGUUACUUUCUUCCCAGGUUAGGACAGAUGGGCAGCUGGAGCCAAGGUUGAAAAGUCACCAUCUCCUGUUUUAAUACAUCAUUAAUUGUCAAAGCCUAGGUGACACAACUCAGAGUACUAACCUAUACUAAUCCCAGGAUGUUUCUGGUGAAGCAAGGCUGUUGUUUUUAAGGAAGCUUAUGGUUUUGAAUCUUAAUUGGGCAGGGUCAGUAUUCUUUUUUCCUCCCUUUUAUUUUUGUGGACAAGAGAGAACUUGGCCUUUAUUUUUACUCUCCCCCUUCUGCUUUCCCUGUGCAGAGGGAAGAUGAAGAAUUCUCCCUGAAGUGACUUGUCAAGACUCUCAGAAAAAAAUUUUAAUACAUUUCUUCCUUGUCCAGUAUGUUGGUUUAUCUCUAACAGGGGCUGUCCAGAAUGUCAAUCCUGUCAAGUCAGGAAGGGAGAAGAAGUUCUUUCAGAGGUUGGAGAAGUGAACAAGAAGUCAGAUUCAUUUUCCCAAUUCAGCAUCAUGAUUGUAAUUUCUUUGGCUUAAUGCUGUCCCAUGACUUAUUUGGUUGGGAUGCAUCUCAUCUGGGUUCUUUCAGUUUAUUUCACAUACUUGAAAAUGUUCCCCUUUACCCAUCCAGGACCAAAGCAACAACUUCCUGCCAUGUGCUUCCACCCUAACACUGGGGAAAUCCUUUUCUGGAAAUAAAAGCCUCUAACCUGGGUGGGGCAGAGAGAGCCAUAAACACCAUCUCCCAACAGAACUUUGGUUAUUUGCUCAGCUUUUUCCUUCCUGCUGUCUGUUGCCUGCUUGUUGUCUCCUCCUGCCCAGAACUGCGAGGUUUUUACCUUAAUCCCUUUCGGAGGAGAAGAUGAUCUUUUCUCAGACUCAAUAUCAGCUCCUGUGAAGGUUAAUUCUACGUGUUAACUUGGUUAGAUGAAGGAAUGCUGAGAAACCUGGUAAAGCUAUCUUUUUAGGUGUGUCCAUGAAGGUGUUUCCAGCAGAGAUUAGUAUGAGAGUCUGAGUGGACUGGGUAGGAAAGACCCACCCUUGAUGUGGGUGGGAGCCAUCCAAUAUGCUGGGUGUCCAGAGAGAACAAAAGAUAGAGGGAAAAGGUGAAGCUCUCUCUGUCUGCUGGAGCUAGGAUGCACUCUUCUGUUCGUGGACAUCAGAGCUUGCAACUCUUCAGCUUUGGGUUCCGGGACUUAUACCAAUGACACCAUCAGCUUCCCUAGU